UCUAGGCUUUUCUUUUGUCUUAUUUUUCCAGCUUCCUGGAGUGGUCCUGCUGAGAGUAAUAUCUACCAAAAAGGAGACUCUGUGUACUUGCAGGUAUUUGCUUCAACUGGACCAGACAAGGCACUCUACAUCCAGUCAUGCUAUGCUACAUCAUCUUCAAACCCCAUGGAUGAAUCCAGAUCUGUUCUCAUUCUCAACAAGGGGUGUGUGUCCUCUAAACAGUCUGUGAUUGAGUUUAUCUCCAGACAACGUGAUUCCAUUAACUUGCUCUUGGACACCUCCAGGUUGAAGUUCUCACAGGUUUAUGUACACUGCAGUGUAGUCUUCUCUUCAGCAGUGACUCCAGACACCAAAUCCUGCAACUACAACAAGAGCAAAUCCAGUUUCAGCUGGGUUGAGUUGGGUGGCCAUACAAGUGUAUGCAAGUGCUGUGCGUCAAAAUGUAAAGGUCCUCCUUCCUAUGGUGGUCCGUCAAAUGAAUUGAAGGCACUUGUGAGUGCUGGUCCACUUACUAUUAAGGAAGUGCAACAUGAUGGAGAGCCAUCACUUUCCAAUUUCUUUAAUGCCACAGCCCACGUUGGGUCUUCCACAGGAGCAAGGCAGAUGGUAUCUGGAAUGUUCCCAUCUUCAGUGGAAAAAGGCUGGAUUGUAGCUAGUGCUACUGCAUUGGGUAACUCCAAGAAGGAAGUUCCUAGCAGCUCCCCCUUGAUCUCUGAACCCGUAGUGUCAGAUAGCAUGAUGGUCAUAAGCCAAUACCCAGGAAGUGCUUUGUCGCUGUGGCUACCAAGACGUUUGCUAGAUGCUGUGCCUGAUCCAGAUCUUGGUGUAGUAAUUGAUCUCCCACAGGAGAAACUUCUUGAUGUGUCUGGUCAAGAUGGUUUUCCAACUGAAAAAGCGCACACCAAGACCACUUCUGAAGAAAUGCAUCAGGAAGCUCAAGAUUGGAAGUCUCUAAUUCCAGAACGUUUAAGUGAAAUUUAUAUGGCCGAUUCGCCUGGCUUCACGAAUGGCUGGGAUUUGGAUGUUGGCCCUUUGGAGGGAUUUCAGUCUCCGGAGGAGAAGGAGGAACUGAGAGGUGAUGUGUUUAUGAACUACAAAUGGCCGCAGCACGAUGACCCCUUUGAUGACGUGCCCAUGGAUGUUUUAGCAUCUCCUCUGCUGGAGAAGCUUCCUGGGAAGCCUCAGGAAAAGGAUCCUGAAACUGUGGCCCUCAAACAGACCGAAAAAGUGUUUAAAAAGGUUCAAGGAGAUGAAUUUGGAAAGCCAGGGUACACGAAGAAAACAAAUCUGACUUUUAGUCAGCGUUCAGAUGGAUCUAGUUCUCUCAGCUAUGUGGAAGAAAGGAGUCUGAGCAUGGGUGAGCAGGAGUUCAAGAAAAGCAAGCUGAAAAUGGAACAGCUGGAGGGGGAAGAUGGAGGUUCAGAGAAACUGGAAAAAGAUCUGAUGCAGUCCCUGUUGGACUUGGUGAGGUGAGGGAUUUUAUUUAUUUAUCCCCACCCCCCCUCUCUCCAUCUCUCAAUGGUAAGGCAAAUAAGCCCUGACACUGGAGACUAAUUCCAUAAAUAUCACUUAAAGCAAACUUCACACCAACAAUAUUUUCUUGCAUUGUCCUAAUCUGUUAGAUGUGUUACUUGUUACUAUAGAAAUUGGUGUAUUAGAAUGAGCAGUUGCACUGUUGUUGGCUCUCCUGUUAUAGAAAAUGAAUCCACACCUUCUGACCAAUCAGAAUCCAGAAUUGGACAGCACUGUGGUAGAAAUGGAUAAUGGUGCUUUCGGUGUAAUCCAUGUGGUCUUUAUGACCGUGUUAAUGUCAUCUGUGCAUGUAUAUCCAGGUUUCAAUUCCACCAGUGUAAAUGUUUCUCUUGUCUGCAGGGGCUUGAAUAAGACGUUGACUGAUCAGUGACGUGACGUGGACUGAUUUCAUGAAUGUCUGCUGGAUUUAUAAUGCCUUCUAAAUAAAAGCUUUGCCGGAAAUUGAAUGUUUGUAGAUGUGUUUGCUUUCACUUUAGUUUAUGCAAUGGGUGUUUGGGUUGGUUUUUUUUUUUUUUUUUUU